UUUAAGCGAAAUGGUUUCACCGUAACAUCCUACACCCGUAUGUACACGAUACCCCCUCUCCACUCGACCGUUGGGAACCCAAAAAAAUUACGCCCUGCAACGGAUACUUUUUUUCUUCAUUUACUAAAAAAAGAAAAAUAACAAAACCCUGAAUCCGAUAUCAAGAAUCACAACACUCCUCUUCUGAAUUUCUCUCUCUCUCUCUUCGCCCAAAAAUCAAACCAACCCACUCUCUCUCACUUGAAUUUCUCUCACUCAAUUGGUGAAACCCUUUUCGAGAAUUUCAGUUCUUCCGCGCUAUAAAUCAACAAAUCAAGAAAACUGCUCAGUUUUUAUUCAUCGGAUUCAUCGAAGAAAGAAAAAAAGAAUGGAUCUUGGUUGUAUUGAUAUGGGUUGUCUUGAGAAAGAGAAUAGCCCGAAGGAAUCUGUGACCUCUGCUUCUAAGCUUGGAAAGAAUAGUAAAGCAAAGGAUGCGGUGCGGUCGAGCUUAAACGCAUUGAACAAACUCACAUCUCAAAUCUCUAAACCUCCUCGUCGAAAAACGUCACCUCUGAAUUGGUUCCCGAGGAAAAAAGUGGAGCCUUAUUUGAAGAGGAAAAUUAAGAUGCUUCAGGAAGUGGAUGGCAUGCAUUCGACUCUCGAUGAAACUCUCGGCGACUCAAAUCCACACUACUCGAGGGUACUUAGAGAAAAAAUCGCAAUCAAAGAAGCAGCGGAUAAAGCAAUGGAGGCUCGUAAAGCCGCUAUGGUCGAAGCUUCUUGGUGUCGUAUACUUCAAGCAGCUAGGAUUGAAAGUAAAGAAGCAGAAGCUGAGCUUUCGAAAGCAGAAGCUGCUGCUUCGGAAGCUUUUGAAGCUGCGGGGGAGGUUGGUGUUAUAAUGAACGAUAUAUCGGACCCUGCAAAAAGCCAUUACAAUAUAGAAAUAGUAUCGGCUAAAGACACCACACAUAGUGUUUCGGCGACUAUCGAAACGGCUUUCGAGGUUGAUAAACAAGUAGCUGCUGCGGUUAAAGCAGCUCUUGUGAAGCUUGCGCACUGCCCCUCGAUCAACAAAGACGAAUUUAAAGAGUUGUUGCGGAGAAUCAGCGAAAACCCCGACGAAAACUGUGAUUCGGACGUCACUUCGGAAUGUGAAUCGGAUGCUGCUGAGUCAGCAGUUGUGGAUAAGGACAGCUGUAAUGAGAAAUCGGAGAAGUUUGGUAGUAGGGAUAAAAUAGUGGAUAUGAUGCUGGAUAGGAUUCGACGCUUGAAAGAAGAGGAACUAGCUUCGCUAGCCACUAUAGUUGCAACGAGUGGUCUAAAUGCUGCUUUGGCCGAAGUGAAAGGUCUAAAUCGCCCUUUUGAGGGGUCUGGCCGAAUUUCGUCUUUUUGUGGGAGGAGAGGUGAAUCCGAACUUCCGAGCCUAGACAAAUUUCUUGUGAAGCGUUUGACGAGGCUCGAGAGGGAGGUUCUAGAAGCCAAAAAUAAUGCGAGAAAGAACGAUGAUAAUUUAAGUUCUUCGUCUCGAGGAGGAAUAAUCGACCGUGAGAAACAAGAUUGUGCUCCUCCGCCUAGUUUGGAUAAGGUUCUGGUGAAAAGAAUGUCGAGGCUCGAAAGGGAGGUGCAGGAAGCUAAAGAUAGGAACAAAUCGGAAACCCCGAUUUGUUCGAACGGAGAUUCGAUAGGGAAAGAAAAUAAGACGCCGUGUGGAGAGAAGAAUUACGAGAGUUUGGACAGUGUGUUGUCGGUGAAGCACUUGUCGAGGCUGGAAAAGGAGAAGUUGGAGUUUCGUGCGGAUGAAGAAAUGAGAGUAAAACCGAAGAGGAAGGAGUUUUUGUUGGAUGGUGAGGGCAGUUUGGACCAGGUUUUAGUGAAGCAUAAGUCGAGGUUGGAGAGGGAAAAAGCGGGUCCCACCACCGAGCAGAAAGAUGAUGUCACUAGACAUCAUUCAGUUUCUCGUAGAGAGACGAGAGAGAAGGAGAUGAAGGAUGCAUGGGGAGGAUUGAGCUUAGGGAAUUCGAUACGCCCUCAUGUUUCCAGACUUCAACGAGACAAGGCUGCUUGGAUUGAAGCUGAAGAAGAGGAAAGAAAGAGGGUAGUGGAAGGAGAAGUAUAAGUAGUAGUGUUUGUGAACUGCAUUUCUAUAUAUAUAUUUUUCUUCUAAAUUUCAAGAAAAUUGAUAUUUGUUUAUGAAAUAUAUCUGAUAUUUCAUUUGUUAUCUCUCAAAACUUAUUUUGUUUAGUUUCAUCAAUGUGUAUAUGACUACCAUUGUUUACUGUAUUCUGAAUAUAUUGAUCUUUUAAAGACAGGGUUG